AUUUUUGUAGGUGGAUGCCGACGGGUCCAGUUUAUACCCUCAGAAAGUGGAUAUUAUUUCAAGGACCACGUGUUCCUAAAUCUUUCCAUUGGAAUUCACGCAUCGUGCGAGCAUCGAUGCGUCAUGGAGGGUGAAUGUGUAUCUAUCAAUGUUGGUCCACCAAUAAACGACAAAGUGAUAUGUGAGUUAAGUAACUCUGAUCAUUGGCAUCACCCUAAAGAUCUUCAACCAAGACACGGCUGGACAUAUAGAGGAGCAGAGGUAAUUGAGUUCAAGGUCGUGUCGUGCUGUUUUUGCUAGCACGUGUGGUGAUAUUUUAAAAGCCGAAGGCUGAGGCAAAAAAUUGGCCACUUCCGAGUUCCAAAAACCCUCACUUUCAAAAUGAGGCCAAAUGCACAACCUUUCUAAGGGACAAUGAGUUAUUUUUGCAUGAGAAUGAAAAAUCAUUUCCAUAUCAAAGUUGAUACAGAGCCCUCGUUUUUAUACAGAGGCCUAGGGGAACUCGGAAAUGGCCUAUUCAUUUUGAUCUAGGAGACAUUGGCAAAUAACGCUAUUUUGCGAUAAUCGAGUUCAAUAACUGUUUUAUCAUUCGAUCACCAAAUUUGUUUUUCAAUAUCUUCGGGAAGCGGAGCGAUCUACCAUUUUUCACGCAAGAGUGAUCGCAAGAAGGAGAAAACCGUGGUUUUGUUUACGCAUGUGAGCAGAAUAUCAUUUGUACCCCGGGUACCGGAGUUUUGUUAUCGCGUGCGACGAGAAGCUUCGUUGGUCGGAGGCCGACACGUCUUCGGCCGAAAUCGGAAACCGCGCAUGAAAAGCCUCUGGCAGCCAGGGUAUAUUAUUUGCAAAGCAAACACCGUUAGACGACAUUGCGCAUGAGCAGACCAUCAUUUGUAGGCAGUUAUUUGUAGGUCACGUGCUGGGCUUUCGGCCAAUGAAAAGGAGGAAAAUUUCCAUCCAAUGAUAAUAAGUUUAACGAUUAUUAAAGGGGCUAUGCCAAGCCAUUUGCUAUCUCUUUAAAAAGCUCAAACUUUUUUUCACUUCUACUGAAUUCAUAAAAAAAUGCAUCGCCAGAUUACUAUAAUUAGGGAGCUUAAGCAACAACCACGGCGACGGCUACGAAAACGUCACUUAAAAAGUGAAAUGGCGUUUCCUCACACUUUAUCGCGCUUCUUCCAUCUGGUCUAAUCCGUCAAAUGUUGGCAAAUGUUUUUGGAGUUGAAUUCUAAAGGACUGCAUCAAAGUUCAAGAAAAAAAGUUGUUGUCUUGUGUUCCCGUUCUCGAUAAAACGUGACUUAAUAAGGCAUUUUCAUGUUGUAGUCGGCUAAAAAAUGUUCAAAACUGAAAGAGUGAUGCGUGUGCAAAGUUGCUGUUUUGCUGAUAUAAACAAUUAUUCACUGAAGUGGAGGUGGUGAGUGGUGGUAAAUGUCCCUCACUGGCCGCUGACACUGAGGUGAAUAAUUGUUUUAGUAUAUACGAAAGCAGUGAGAUCAUUAAGCACAAAAUUAAAAUGAUGGAUUUUUUAAAAACUCAUUUACUGCUGCCAACGACAAAAUUUGGCACGCAAAUGUCAUUUUUCCUUGCCGACAAAUUACACUUUUCAAGGCACUUGUUUAGCUAUUAUGGGAAAAUUUCUUUAAAAGGAUUUAUGAAUUCUUUUUGUAUUUGAAACCAUUCUGUAAAGAACUAAUAAAUUUAGUUUUAAGAUUACUUAUGAACAUGUCAGCUAAAUAAAAUAACCCAAGCUUCCGAACCGAAUUUCGUCAAUUUCCGGAGGGGCCCUUUAAUGGAGGUUCUAUUGUGCGUUACGAGUUUGGGGGGCUUUUGGAGGGGCUUAUACAUGGUACUUAUUUUCGGAAUUUUACCGUAUCCUUAUGACAUAGUUGGUCAAGCGUUCUUUUGCCCAGUUGUUUUAAACCCAGGCAGAAACACCAAACAGGAUCUCAGCAAAAACUGGUCAGAAGAUUAUGCUGCAAAGCAGCUGCGGGACAGACCUCACCUUAGCUCAAAUAAUCGCGCCAUUAGGCGGAGACAUUAAUCGGUUGCCUUGUCUCCUUCUUCCUUCCGGCAGGCGACAAAAAAACAGAACGCACACUGCAGCCCCCCAGACAAACCUUCUAAGGGCUUCGUCACGCGUUUCUUCCCUACACGACGAACGCUUGUCGAAGCCAAAGGGAAGUCUGCGUGGGUGGCUAAACACUGCUCUUUCAGCCUGAAAAGCACCGGGCUCGCAAAGCCGGCGGUGAUGCAAGUUGUGUGGUAUUCCUACAAUAACAAUCUAUCUCCAAGACAUUUUGGCUUUGUUACUUCUCUUUUCUCUCUCGUUGGAGCCAAUUCACAACUGAAUUCAUUGCUACCCUAAGAGAAAACGUGUUCUCUUCUCACAGAAUCUAUGCUGCAGCAAUCCUUGCUGGAACAACGCCAAAUGUCUCCUUGGGUUUACUGACAAGAAGUAUCUUUGUGUAUGUACAUCGGGAUACACAGGAGAGCACUGUGAAACAGGUAUAGUGGAGAAACUGAUUGUGACAGGUCAUAUUGCUGGUAACAAUAUGCAAUGAAUAACAAAGCCUUUAAACACCCCACUGAAGGGGAAACAAAAACAGGCUAAUCAGUUUGUAGGGUGGGAAUUUUAACAUUUAACCUCGCCUGUUGAUUCUUCUAGUAAAUAUAACAACGACAGCAAUGAUUUCCAAUAAAAUGCAAGUUGCACGAAGGCGCAGGUCAAAACAAUAACAACUAGCUUCCAAGGUUAACUGGAAAAGCUUGAUGUGCCCCCGUAUAAAUUACCUUUUGUGUCCUUUUGAUUUGAUAAACUGAACGGCGUCAAGCAGCGGAGGCCAUGAUUGCCUCCAAACUGUAAUUUGUACAAAAACCCUUCCGGUAUUGAAAUUACGGACCGCAUCAGCAAUGGUUCACAGGUAACGACCAAGUGUGCAAUCAACAACACGUUUACUUUGAUGUAAAAAGUAUCAGAUUAACUUUUUUGCUCUUCAUAUGAUUUAGAUAUCGAUGAAUGCAACAUCGGAAGCCAUGAUUGCCAUCAAAAUGCAAAAUGUAUAAAUACCCCUGGACAUUUUAAUUGCAGCUGUCAAACAGGAUUCACAGGAAAUGGUCGUCUGUGUCAGGAUAAAAAAAAACCUUUUAUUCCAUAAUCUGCUCUUUUGCCUCCAUCUUGAAACUACUGGAUUUAUUUUUUCCUUGUUUUCCUUCUGUUACUCGCCGAUCAGAUAUCGAUGAAUGCAGCAGCGGUAGCCAUGAUUGCCACCAAAAUGCAUUUUGCGUGAUGCCAAGAACGCGGAACAUUAUUUUUUACAAGUGGAGGGACUCCUAGUAACUUACGAGAAAAAGGCUGAAGAGACACUCGUCAUAGUUGUCUUUCCUUCGGAAAAAGUGAAGGGGAAGCUAACGCUUCAUUGGCGAUUUUACAACAACCGUCGACAAGAAAAAAUGAGCAUGUUAAGCAUUUCAGUAGCAAACUUUGUAAACCAUUAUUUACUCUAAACGGCCACUGAUCUGCGCGAUGGAAGAAAAAGGAAAAAUUCAUUUUCUUUUGUUUUUUGCUCCCUGUGUUAUUCAGAUAUCGAUGAAUGCAUCAACGGCAGCCAUGAUUGCCAUCAGCAUGCAAUUUGUGUAAAUGCCGCUGGACACUUUAAUUGCAGUUGUCAGGCAGGAUUCACAGGAAAUGGCCGCCUUUGUCAGGGUAACAGUAGCCCACGUUCGAUAUAUUAAAAUUCUUAUAUGACUCAGGGGCUUUCUGGUCAUUUUUCUUCAUUAGAUUUAGUUUUCUUUGUGCUUAAGGCCCUGUUUACAAGGAGGGAGGAUAACCCUGGUGCUAGGGUUGCUCUAGCAAGAGGGUUACCCUAGCACUCGCAUAUUUCUUCUUUUUUUUACACGACGUGUUUACAAGGUAGGUACGGUUACCCUAGCGCUAGGGUAACCCUACCUGAGUGCUAGGGUUACCCUGGCAAGAGGUUUACCCUACCUGCCUUGUAAACGCUCAGCUAGGGAUAACUCGCCUACCCGGGUAGUUCCGCCGUCAUGCAUGACCAGUAAUCGUACCAAUUUGAACGGUAUUAUCCAAUUUCUGAGCUUAAUUAUAAACAUCUGAAUAAUAAGUAGUUAUUUUCUGUCUACGAUGAUAGUAUUUUCCCUUUCUUCGUGAAUUUAACGUGUUUUCCAUAGAGAACUUCAACAUUAUUUCAAAUUUUGUACCGUUACAAAGAAUGCACGCAUGACGUAACACGUCAGCAAAGCUUGUAAAGUUGACCCGGGUGACAGGGUAACCCUACCUGUGAAAUUUGCUUGUAAACCAACCUCGUCCCCAGGGCGCUUUUCCCUGGCAUUGGAGGCCGCCAGACCUCCAAAGCCAGGGAAAAGCGCCCUGGGGACGAGGUUGCUUGUAAACCAGAGCUAACUUUAACCGGCUUGCUAGGGUAGCCCUAGCACAAGGGUAACCCUCUCUCCUUGUAAACAGGCCCUAAGUCUCUUAUGGGAAAUGCGAGACAAUGAAGUCGUGAAAUAUUUGCAAUUUUGACUCUAAAGCCUCGGAGUCGUGUCAGAAUUUUAAAAUAUCGAACAUGGGAUAAUGAAAUCUUGGAGUUGUUAUUUUUAGAAUCGACAAACCUACUCGUAUUACUUAAACCUCAAGGUCGUUUUUGGAUGUAUGCAUCACUUCCUCUACAUUCUGAUGUGAUACGGUUCGGUUUUUGUGAUCACGAUCGUCUAGUUUACUUGGUUCAAAAAUCCAACACAAUGAAAUAAAUUGGAAUUAGAAACUUCAGAAAAAUUCAGGAUUUGAGAUAAAAAAAAAUUAAAAAAAACCUGCGAACCUCUAAAUCUUAAAAAUGUCGUUGAUGCAAUGCGGAUCUGUUGGAAAAUAAUGUUUCUAGAAGUUUUGGAUAGAAACGCCCUAAUUCGAAAAAAGCCGGUCAGGAACAAACUAUCCAGUCUCCCCUAAGUAAAUAGUAAGAUUACGCAACAAAUGAGGGAGCGAGAUCGUCUAGCUAGGAUAAACGAUAAAGAGAACCGAGGAUAACAAUUGGUCUCUUAAAUUCGUAUAAACAUAACAACUUUCUUUAAUUUUCCAGACAUGUUUCGACGGUACAUCCGUCAUCUUCAGUGUUACAUAUUUUGAAAUCGCCGUUGAAUUUAAAGCGCCCGCGAUCUUAAAAAGUUCGUUACAUUGCAUUGCGUUGUCAAUAUUGCGUACUAAAACAAAAAACAUUAACCUGACUCUCUCCCUGUAAAGAACUAAGCGUCACUCAUUUAAUUUUUUUUUUUGUUUUAGUACGAAAUAUUGACAACUCAAUGUAACGAACUUUGUUAGAUCGCGCGCUUUAAAUUCAACGGCGAUUUCAAAAUAUGUAACACUGAAGAUGACGGAUGUACCGUCGAAUUAUGUCUGGAAAAUUAAAGAAAGUUGUCAUGUUUAUACGACUAUCUAUAUUGUUGCAGCUGUCUAGACAAAAUGAAAUUAUUAUGCUAGAAUCAACUUAAAAAUGAGCGUGGCGAUCCAAAGCAAGCGUGAAGAAUUAUCAAUAGCAUUCCCGGGCGUAAUAAUCAACAGCUUGUCUCUCUGAGGCAUGAUACUGUCAGUGAAAUUGAGUUAGACAAACACACAGUUUCCAUCCCCUCAAUCCCCAGACUAUCAAAUAUCUUUACAGAAUUAAAGCCCAUAAACCAAUAGUAAUCGUAAUAUUGGAACUAAGCCAAAAAGAUUGCCCUUCCUCUGCCCAAAAGAGGGGUAAAGACGUGAAAUUGUGAGACCGUCACGUCAUUUAAAACUGAAAUCAAAUCCCAAUGGCCUUUGGGUCACUGCUGGAGAAUAUAUCUCAUUGGUAUUUUUUUAGAUAGCAUAUAUAAAAUUUAAGUCAGAUUCUGUUUAUUUCUUUUAGAAUAUUUAAUGGAUAGAAUAUAGUCUACAGUUUACAAUUUUCGUAGCGUUUAGUUUAGACUGUAUAAUUUGAUAUUUUGUCAUUAUUAUUUUAUUAGUUAUAUGUUUUGCACGCCCCUAAUGGAAACCCAGCUUUUGUUGAGUUAGGCUAGAAUGGCUACAUAAAGUUUAUCCUCACUCUCUUAUCUUAUCUUAUCUUAUAAAAUAAAAUACAAAUACCUUUAACUCAUAAUGUGGACGUUUAUCUUAAAACCAUCAGGUUUACAUUUUCUUGCUCUUUUCCCUAUGUCCGAUCCUAUGCUACUUAGAUACCGAUUAAUGCAACAACGGCAGCCACGAUUGCCACCAAAAUGCAACUUGUGUAAAUACAGCUGGACACUUUAAUUGCAAGUGUAAACCGGGUUUCACUGGAAACGGGCGAAAUUGUUCAGGUAAAGUUUUCUUUUUUACAUUUGUGGGAUGACUCAAGGAGCGUCCCCCGCUUCCACUUCCCGAGAAAGCUUGCUGACAGGGGAACGCGAAACAUUUUUCCAGUUGGAGGAACUAGUAGUAGACUAUGUUGAAACUUAACCUCAUUUUGGAUUUCCCUUGGAUUUCCCGCAUACUAGUUUGGAUUUCCUCCAUACUAAUUAAGUGCCUUCCUCCAUAUAUAAUGAAGUGGAUAGGUUUACUAAUAAGCGUCACUCUACAAAAUAGGAACAAUAGGCUUGCCUAGACUUGCCCGGGCUCUUUUAACCCCUAUUGGAUAGUAAACAAUCUAUUAUGUGUUUGAAAUAAAAGCGGGCUCUCCGUUCAGCAUAUUACUCUUGCAAUCGGUUUGCUAAGGAAAAAAGUCUUACUACCACCAAUAUUUUUGAAAACAUCGCUUCAAACAUGCAAGUCGAAUCGAGCGCUUCACCUGUGCUGACCGAAGAUAAAGCCAGUUCCUUACCCGGUCAGUUCUGCCCGUUUCAUCCCCGCUCAACGUUGGAAUUAAUAGAAAAAGCGCAAGGAUUUUUGCUAUGUGCACUGCCAUCUUGUGCAAACGCUCUAGAAUAAGAAGGUAACUGUUUAUCGUUUUCAAUCUCUUCACGUUCUUCAGGGGUGAUAACAUAACGUUGAAAAGGUACGUGUUUGCCUUCAAUGUGUCUUUCAUACAAAACCUUCAACACCCUGUAACUUUCGGGGUGAUGCCCGUCCUCUCUCGCGUACUUGUAGUAAGCCUGACGCAGUACAUCAUCUUUCUCUAAACAAAGUGUAGCAUCUGGGUUGUCUCGAGAGUCUUCUUUCAUUUUUUGGACAUAAAACUUGUACGAUUCCCAUACUUCAUGCAUCUAUUCUCUGUAUCUAAGCCCAUGAAAGAUGUUGGGACUUCCUAGACUGUUAAAACCGUUGUCACACAUUUCAAAGCCUUUGUCACAUUUGCGUGUAUGGCGCCGGUGUUGGAUAAAUGCUUUCUGUUUAACCUCUUGGCGAUGUUUUUCAAACUUCUCCUUUAUCUCCCCAUAAUGUUGGAGUCUUGUGACCCGUGGCUGAGGUGAAUACGAGAGCCGAUCCUUGAUACCAUGGCUGGUCUAUCCACAGGAAAAAUCUACACUCUUUUUUGUAGCAUGUCAGAAACAUUCGAUCCUGGCUCCAAGGCUGUUUACUUUUUCUCAAUGCUAGCUUGUUAGAACAAUCACAGACCAACUGAGCUGCAUAUUUUUUCACAUCAGAAUGUGUAUGAUUGCGCGAUCCACUCUAUGUCCUCUUUCCAAUCUGAAGCAGGGGCAAACAUAAAACACAUUUUCUCGGGGCACUACGCAUAGCAAAAUCCUUGCGCGUUUUCUACCAAUUCCAACUUUGAGCGGGGAUGAAACGGGCAGAACCAGGGCGAAUAAAUGUUGGGCGGUGGAACGAGCGCUCCCUCUUCAUUUAAUGUGUGAUACGGAGUAGGACUGGCACGAGCGCUCCUUCCGCGCUUCUGGUGCGCUUGAAGGCCGGCGAAAUUUUCGUUUUUGCAAACCGGAAAUCCUAAUUUCUUUCUGUAAUUUCAGGCUACAAUGUUAAAUAGAUAAGUUCGUUUCAUAACAAUAUCAAUAAACAGUUUCAUAUGUUUGUCUCUGUAUGCCUAUAAGUCAAACUUGUUGGUCGUAUAAUGCCAAAAUUUGAGUUUAAUUUGAAAGUGUUGAAUACCUCCUCCUUCCAUUAAAUAUCACCCAAUCGUCUUUAGCCGUUUCGUUUGCAAAAGCUUAACACUUCUUAACCUCAAUUUUUACAUAUGUUAAAGGAGGAUAAAUUUUAUAUAACAUAACAAAAAGUUAGAUUGAUAUAUUUUGAUAUAGUGGUGUGGUACUGCUUCAAACUUUGCUUCUCGGGUGCAACACGCCAUGGCGAUUCGCGCAAUGCGUCGCAAUUCCGGCAACCGCUCGUAAACAAAAUUUAUUGAGGUUAGUUGUAAGGUUUUUUCUCCGUUUUUCUCUCUAAAACAAAACAAGGUAACAGUAAAAACUGAGGGGAAACUAAUUUUGAAGUUUCGAAGAAACGGAAAGACGUAUGAGAUGUUUUUUUCAAAAUUAAAAAGAAGGAUGAUGGUCAUUGAAAUUUGCAUAAUUUCACCUUGCACGAGCUUCACGCAUUUAUAAAAUACACGUCAUCUAGUAAUGAAACACGAUCUGCUGUCUUUUAGUUUUGCCAUAGAUGACAUGGAUGAGAUUUUCCUCCGUGUUUUAGACAGAACUUAGUUGUUUUUGUUUGGAAUAACAUCGACGUUGGCGAGUAGUAGAACGAAAAUAUAAUUCAGUGGUAGAGUCAUGGAAGUAAUAAGAGAAACCCUUUGAAAGAGAUGUUUGUCUACUCCAAUUAACCCUUCCGCAAAAAAUUGCAACAUUUGUCUCUCGGAGACAGCGUACUAGCACAAAGGAACGAGGAAGAAGUGCAAGAAAACAAAUCAAACCGCCAUAAUUCAGUGACAGCGGCAGUGCCUAAUGGACAAACCACAUCGCAAGCCCUGACCGAAGUCGAAAACAAGCGACAUUUCUAAGCAGAGUCCCAGUCCACUGCAUCACACCUUUUUGCUCGGACGUGCUCGUUUCACCACCCAACCUUUAUCCGCCCUGGGCAGAACUGGCCGGGUAAGGAACUGGCUUUAUCUUCGGUCAGCACAGGUGAAGCGCUCGAUUCGACUUGCAUGUUUGAAGCGAUGUUUUAGAAAAUAUUGGUGGUAAUAAGACUUUUUUCCCUAGCAAACCGAUUGCAAGAGUAAUAUGCUGAACGGAGAGCCCGCUUUUAUUUUAAACAUAUAAUAGAUUGUUUACUAUCCAAUAGGGGUUAAAAGAGCCCGGGCAAGUCUAGGCAAGCCUAUUGUUCCUAUUGUAGUAGAGUGACGCUCAUUAGUAAACCUAUCCAGUUCAUUAUAUAUGGACGAAGGCACUUAAUUGGUAUGGAGGAAAUCCAAAUUAGUAUGCGGGAAAUCCAAGGGAAAUCCAAAAUGAGGUUAAGUUUCAACAUAGUCUACUACUUGUAUUUCAUCACGACGGCACGCGGGAAGCAAUUUCUUUGACGGAUUGAAAAAGUACUAUGGAGUAGGGAAGUGAUGGAGCGAAAACCACCCAUAUCUUUUUAAAGCAGAAGUAUUAAAAAUAUUCUUUAUAAAGCUAUCUAGAUAGGUUAAUUUUUUUAGUGAAAUAUUGAAAAAGGAAUGACCCGGAGAGAGGGGCCAGCUCUAUUAUUUUCAUGUGUUUGUCUGUGACUGAUUCAUCACUGCCAGUGUUACGUCACAUACUAACGGGCGAGUGCCAGUCGGGUCGCAUGUGCAAAUUUGAACGGGACACCGAAUUCAUUCGAACCAGAGAGGUCGGGGAAAAAAAUAAAAACCUAGGCAAAUAGACCAUAAGUGCAUGAGCUUUGUUGUUGCUUUUACAUCUGCUUGUGUAAACCGUCUUGGUAUGUGGUGUCCGUAAUUGUGUAAUUCUUUUUUUUUUAAAUUUGUGUCACGGCCGUGUUUACGGGACCAGCAAGUGCAUAAAAUUGGUAACGUCUAGAGUCUCCAGAAAAGGAGAUUCGAUUCAGAGGUCACACACGUUUAUAUUCCAUAUAUUCUUCGCUGAUUAAAUCGACCAUACUUCUAAUCAAUCCCUUCGAGUGUUGGCCUCUGUUUAUUUCUCAAUUCUCCAUCAAAUUCAGUACAGCUUGUUUGGUUGAUUUUCUACAACGAUCAGCCCUUUGAACCCGAAAUAACUCGCCUAUAAAAGUGACGGGAGUGCUCGAGUGAUUGAAAGCUUUUAAAACUUAAGCUUAAAUGCAAUCAUUGACAACCUUUUCUGAAAAGUAGAAAACUAGCGCGACAAAAUUCAGUGAAAAACGACAGAAUCUAGAUUCAGACAUCAAAAAUGGAAAAAAAACUACAAAUAGUGUAUAGCUGCCGUAAGGCGACUUCUUUUACCGAUCAGCGCAAACAAUAGACGAACAAGUUUAUUCCGAUUUGAGUACUGGAGGGUUACAACAAUAAGCAAGAUGGUAGACUAUUGACCCCAAAGACUCGACUGCCAUUAGGGCCGAUGUACCGUAAUUUGCUGUAUUUGAUGUGUUAAUUGAGUUCAGUAGGAAAAAAAUAAAAAUGUAAUUCACCGGCCUUGGUCGAUCCGUAUUUGGAGAAACUGCCCGAGGUCUUGAGUACCUACCUGGGCCGUAGGCCGAGGGAGGUACUCAGACCGUGGGCACAGUUUUUCCCAAUACGGAUCGACCAAGGCUGGUGAAUAACAUUUUUAUUUUUUUCCUACUGACAUUUAAAAGUUUCUGGAAAAUUUUACUUCAGCCUCCAACCUAUGUGCGUUGGAGUAGAACGCGUUCGUGUUGAUGAAGCGCGGGAUCGAUUGCAAACCAAAACAAAACAUACAACGUGAUUUUUAGCUUGUAAUUAAUAUCAUCACAAUUCAGCUCUGAGCUCUUUCAGAAUAAAGAAAGGCUUUUGUGUCUUGGUAGACAAUUCAUAAUCUGAGUGUCAAACAAAGACAAAAGAAUUUACGAACUUGAUAUUAAAAGCCACAGGAAAAAAAAAAACAGCAAAGAUUUUCUUCGCCUAAAUAAUUACUUUAUGAUGGAAACUGCACACGGCUUUAUAAAAGGAGCUAAUUACAGAUACCAAUAUUAAGGUUUUGACUAUAAAUAAAUAAAAAUUAUUAGCUUUAAAAAAGUAAAAUGAAAGCAACAAAAAGGAUUCCUAACCUAACUGGUAACUUCUUAAUCCUAACCUAACUUAACCUAACCCUAACCCCGGCCCUAACCCUAACUCGAGCUUUCCUUCCAUGAUUGCCACGAAAACCCUCCUCUUAAUGGUCAUGGGACUUGCAGGAAGUCAAAAUGGUGGGAGAGCGAAAAAUUGUCGAGUCCUGGCUCGAAGUCCUGGUUCGAGUCCUAGCUCGGUAUAUUGGCAUCCUCAUUGAAAGCUAUUAAAACUUAAGCUUAAAUGCAAUCAUUGACAACCUUUUCUGAAAAGUAGAAAACUAGCCAGACAAAAUUCAGUGGAAAACGACAGAAUCUAGAUUCCGACAUCAAAAAUGGAAAACAAAACUACAAAUAGUGUAUAGCUGCCGUAAGGCGACUUCUGUUACCGAUCAGCGCAAACAAUAGACGCACAAGUUUAUUCCGAUUGGAGUCCUCGAGAGUUUCAGCAAUAAGCAAGAUGGUAGUUUAUUGACCUCAAAGACAUGACUGACAUUAGGUCCGUUGUACCGUAAUUUGCUGUAUUUGAUGUGUUAAUUGAGUUGUGCUGUGUUGUGGUUUAAACUGAAACACAAGGUGAAAAUAAAACUUCAGAAAUACUGCGAGCGCAAAAGAAACACAGCAAAAAUGAAAUACAGCAAACGAAUGGACAACGCACUUACAUUGUUUUGGCGUAAAACUUCUGACCGUAAAAGAAAUACUCCUGAUAGGAAACUACUACUUAGUGCUCUUGAAGAAACAAUAGGGCCAUUUAUACGAGGAAAAAUAAGACCUGUCUUAAAUAAGACGCGAGCUGUACCAUUUAUACGAGCAUGUCUUAUCUAAUAAGACGCGUCUUAGCUAAGCCGCGUCUUAUUUUAGACGAAAUGUGCCGUUUAUAGGGAAAGUUCCCGUCUUAUGUAAGACGCGUCUUAUUUUUCCUCGUAUAAAUGGUCCUAAUGUUGAAAUAAAAGCUGAACUGAAAAUGCUAGAUGGAGCAAGGUCACCCAUGCACAUUGCGUUGAUUGUAGUGAAUCCUUUAUUAACCCACAAUCAUUUAUUUUUUCUUGCAAGACUGUUCACAAAAAUUUCACCACUUUGAAAAAAAACAAGAUCUUCCAACCAGAGGAGGGUCUGAUGUCGAACACUUCACUAUCAAUGGAAAUCGGUUUCUCGCCUUCGCAAACUUUUUUAGUGAUACCGAAAGAUAUAACACCGACUCUUUCAUCUACAAACGGAACGAUUCCACUGGAAUUUUUUUCCUAUAUCAGCCUUUAGGCACACAUGGAGGCAUUGACAUGGAAUAUUUUAAAAUUGGUGAUCAACAUUACCUGGCUGUCGCAAAUCAUUAUGAUGCAACUUCGUACCGACAGAAUUCAGUUAUUUACCAGUGGAGUCUGAGUCAGGAACAAUUCGUCGUCUUUCAAAGUAUUGAAACAUUUGGAGCACACAGCUUUGACUUCUUCGAAAUAACAAAUGGGCAGUUUCUUGCCAUUUCAAAUUAUUAUGAUGGGUCCUCGCACAGUAUCAACUCAUUCAUCUACAAAUGGAGCAGUAAUAAAUUUGAAAAGAUUCAAGACAUACCAACCGAGGGGGCUGUUAGUAGUGAGACCUUUGUAAUCAGCAAUGAAACUUUCAUUGCAUUUGCAAACCAUGGUACCACACAAAAGCAGUAUUCAGUUCAGUCAGCUGUGUUCAAGUGGUCAGGGCGGCAAUUUGUCAAUCUGCAGUCUUUUCAGACAUAUGGAGCCCUAGAUGUGAAGUCAUUCAGUGACAACGGUUCUACUUUUCUCGCGUUUGCAAACUACAGACACGGUGUGCAACACAAUAUCAAUUCUCCCAUUUACAAGUGGAAUGGCAGUAAUUUUGUUCUAUUUCAGUCCAUUCCCCCUCGUGGAGCAGCCAGCUUGCAUCCUUUUAUGAUGUGCGGUCAACGUUUUCUGGGUGUGGCUAGUUACUAUGAUGACGACAACGGGUACAACACCAUGUCAGUGGUAUAUCGAGUUUCUCAGGAACAGUUCAUUGAAUAUCAAGAAAUUCCAACCCAGGGAGCUUUUGGUAUAACGUCAUUUCAAAACAAAGGGCAUACUUACCUAGCAGUUGCAAAUCGUUUAACUAAUUCUAACAAACACAAUAUCAACAGUGCGCUGUAUAAGUGGGCCUAA